UCAGAAUGGAGUGAACAUAAAAAUGCCGAUGGAAGAGUUUAUUACUACAAUAUUCGUACGAUGGAAUCGAAGUGGGAAAAACCAGCAGCUUUAGAAGGCCCGUCAAUGAUGUUGCCCCCGAUGAUGCUGCCACCACCAGCACUAGCCAACAUGCCCAUGUUAAGGCCACCAAAUAAGUUGAUAGCAAGUAAUGAAGAAUCAGACAAUAAAAUACAUACUACAGAGCAAUCGAAAGACGCCAGAAAGACUAAACCUAUCGCUAGGAAAGCUAUUAAAAAUAGUGCUUGGUGUUUGGUAUGGACAAAUGAUAGCAAACAUUUCUUUUAUAAUCCAAUGUCGCGCACCUCAUCCUGGAAAAUACCAGAAGAUUUAGGAGAUAAUACCGAUGUUACUGAAUUAUUGAAAGCUGGACCUUAUGGGGAUGAGUCUGAUGACAGUGACGGCAGCAUGGAGGAGAGUGCGGUUAGCGAUGGUCAAGCACCCGUUGAUGCUGAUACUGCACAUAUUGAAGAAAAUCCUAACGAUGAUCAAAUAGCGGAGAAACCUAUAGACGAAGAGGUUGAAUUUGAUAAGAGAAGAGCUGCAGAACAAGAAGCAGCUCGAUUGAGGGAGUCAUUGUCACAAGAAGAACGGGUGAACCAGUUUAUGACUAUGCUCCGUGAGCGCAGUGUAUCUGCAUUCUCUACUUGGGAUAAGGAAAAACCCAAAAUUGUAUUCGAUCCUCGUUAUUUAUUAUUGCCUAACAAAGAUCGUAAGCAGGUGUUUGAGGAUUUUAUUCGAGUACGUGCUGAUGAAGAAAGGAAAGAAAGACGCGAUAAGAUUCGGAAACAAAAAGAAAAUUUUCAACAGUUAUUAGUGGAAGCAAAAUUGUCAAGCAAGUCAAACUUUAGUGAUUUUGCCUCAAAAUACGCAAAGGACAGUCGGUUUAAAGGUAUAGAAAAAAUGCGGGAGCGUGAGGGUCUCUUUAAUGAGCACAUUUUAGAAAUUAGAAAGCAUCAGAAGGAAAAAUCUCAGCAAAAGCAGGAAAGGAUGAAAGAAAAUUUUUUCGCUAUGUUGCAAGAAGUCAAGUCUAUUCAUGAAAAUUCAAAGUGGGAUAAAAUCAAGUAUCGGUUUGAUAGAGAUGAUAGAUACAAAGGAGUGGGUGGCUCGCGUGAACGACAAGAACUGUUUAAUCAGUAUAUACAGGAAAUAAUAAAAUCUAAGGAUAAUGACGAAGAUUUAGAUCGUAAAAGGCGUGUAGAAGCUAGUAUUCGAGCGCGCGAAGAGCAGGUGAGACAGGCACUAAACGAGCAUGCAAGAGAGUUGGAUCGAGAAAGAGUUCAUCAUAGAAGAGACGAAGCAAAAGAUCAAUUUUCGGCUUUGCUGACGGAUUUGAUUAGAGAUCCAGAUCUUGAUUGGAAGGAAGCUCGUCAUAUCCUACGUAAAGAUCGACGAUAUGAAAAUUGUUCUAUACUAGAAAGUUCCGAAAGGGAAAUUAUAUUUAAGAAGCAUGUCGAUAAAUUAUAUGCUAAGAAAGAGAAACAUUUUCUGGCAAUGUUGAACGAGGCUGAUACAUCUCUGUUGGCUCGAUGGAAGACCGUUAAGAAAGGGCUUCGUGAUGACCCACGUUACAGUAAAUUUAGCUCAAGUGAUUCGAAACGAGAAGCAGUAUUCGACAAGUAUCAGCGAGAUAGACUAGACCAAGCCAAGCUAGAUUUUACUGAAUUACUAAAAGAGAUUAAAUGUAUCACCCAUAAGUCAAAAGAAUUGAUUGAAUCGACUGAUACACAUUGGAGGGAAAUCCAUCAGAUAUUAAAGAAUGAUAAAAGAUACUUAAUUUUGGACUGCGUCAAGGAGCGUAGAGAGGAAAUGCUAUUGGACUAUAUCGAUCAAUUACAUAAAAUGGGCCCACCCCCACCACCUACAGCCUCAGCUCGUUCUAGUAGA